GGAGGAACGAGGUAACGGGGCCGGAGAGGAGCAAAGAACAUCCGGACCUGGUUAAAGGGAGUGGAGAGCAAAUAAAGUUCCAACUGAAACAUAAAGGAGCAAAGGACUAAAGAGCAGAAGCUACACAGGCACAGUCCAGAGAUUCCAGUACUGGGGCCCAGACUGACACCCUGACUGCAGUAUGAAUCCAGCAGCGAUGGAAGAACUGACAAAGGGAAUGGAGAAUUUCCAGGUUACUAUGGGCCAUAUCGAGGGGGUCCCACUGCCAGUCACUACCUGUGACAUGUGGGACACUAUAUACAAUUUCCAGGCCCGGAAGGACGACAUCCUCAUUGCUACCUACCCCAAAGCAGGGACAACGUGGAUGCAGGAGAUCGUGGAUCUGAUAUUACAAGAGGGAGACGUUCAGAAGAGCAUGAGGGCCCCGUGUUAUAUCAAAGUGCCCUUCAUAGACCUGGUACCACCAAAGCCCAUGCCACCAGGUGUGGCGUUGGCACAAACCAUGAACUCUCCUCGUAUCCUAAAAACUCACUUACCAAUUAACCUGCUGCCCCCCUCUUUUUGGGAGAAAAAUACCAAGGUUGUCUAUGUUGCCAGAAAUGCCAAGGACUGUAUGGUUUCUUAUUAUUACUUUCAUAAGAUGAAUAAAUUUUUGCCGGACUCUGGAACCUGGGAUAACUUCUUCUCAGAAUUCCUGUCUGGAGAUGUGCCAUGGGGGAGUUGGUUUGACAACGUACUUGGAUGGUGGAAAGCUGUAGACAAACAUCAGAUACUUUUUAUCUUCUAUGAGGACAUGAUUCAGGACCCAAUGCGUGAGAUUAAGAAGGUCAUGAAGUUCCUGGGUAAGGACUUAUCUGAUGAAGUUCUGGAGAAGAUCAAGUAUCACACUUCCUUCCAGGCAAUGAAGGAGAACCCUAUGACAAAUAACAGCACCGUUCCCAAAACUAUCAUGGACCAAACCAUAUCUCCUUUUAUAAGAAAAGGGACUGUGGGGGAUUGGAAAACCCAUUUCUCGGUGGCACAGAACAUUAUCUUUGAUGAGGAAUACAAGAAGAAGAUGGAAGGCAGUGGGUUAAACUUCCGCACUGAACUCUGAUAGAGAAUGAGAUCUAAGGACUGACUGGAGAUUCCCUUCAUCAUCUUCACACUGGGGACAACCUGUGCCCACAAGAUUGUACAGAGGAGCAAGAGGCACAUGAAGCUCAAUAACAGAUUUUCCUAUUAUUUCCCUUUCUUGGUGGAACUUUUGUGCCUCUGUACAGGACAUAAGGAACCAGUUCAAGUAUAUAUCUGUCUAUUGUGCCUUAAAUAAAUGAUGUCUAAAAGC